AUGAGCGCGCUGGAUCUGGCCCGGGUGGGCGCGUGCGUGUUGAAAAACGCGGUGACCGGAGAGGCCGUGGAGCUGCGGAGCCUAUGGCAGGAGCAGGCGUGCGUGGUGGCCGGGCUGCGGCGCUUCGGCUGCAUGGUGUGCCGCUGGAUUGCCAAGGACCUCAGCAGCCUCAAGGGGCUCCUGGACCAGCAUGGCGUGAGGCUGGUGGGCGUGGGCCCCGAGGCCCUGGGCCUGCAGGAGUUCCUGGACGGCGGCUACUUUGCCGGAGAGCUCUACCUGGAUGAGAGCAAGCAGUUCUACAAGGAGCUGGGCUUCAGGCGGUACAACAGUCUGAGCAUCCUGCCUGCUGCUCUGGGGAAGCCAGUGCGAGAUGUGGCUGCCAAGGCCAAGGCUGUCAACAUCCAGGGGAACCUUUCUGGGGACCUGCUGCAGAGCGGAGGGCUGCUGGUGGUCAGCAAAGGUGGUGAGAAGGUGCUGCUGCAUUUUGCCCAGAAGUCUCCAGGGGACUAUGUCCCCCAGGAGGAUGUCCUCAGGGCCUUGGGCAUCUCUGCACAGGGCUGUGCCAGUGAGCCGCCCAAGUGCAAUGAAGACGUGUGUGGGAGGUGA